CUGACCAAUCACUGAGCAGCACUGACGUUCAUAAAUACACCGCUCCCGCAGUCGCUGAGUACUCGUAUUUUGGUGACCUUAGAACCAACAUCGACUCUCUGAAAACAUGUCUGGACGUGGCAAGGGUGGCAAAGUCAGAGCUAAGGCCAAGACCAGGUCUUCGAGGGCUGGCCUGCAGUUUCCCGUGGGUCGUGUCCACAGACUGCUCCGUAAGGGUAACUAUGCCGAGCGCGUCGGUGCCGGCGCUCCCGUCUACUUGGCGGCUGUGCUCGAGUAUUUGACCGCUGAAAUCCUGGAGUUGGCUGGCAAUGCUGCUCGGGACAACAAGAAGACCAGGAUCAUCCCCCGCCACUUGCAGCUGGCCGUCCGCAACGACGAGGAGCUUAACAAACUCCUCGGCGGGGUGACCAUUGCUCAGGGUGGUGUCUUGCCCAAUAUCCAGGCUGUGUUGCUGCCCAAGAAGACCGAGAAGCCCGCUAAGAAGUAAAAUCUCCCAGACCAACAUUCAAACAAAGGCUCUUUUAAGAGCCACACACUUCCUCCCAGAGAGCAAACCUUUCUUCAGUGUGCUGUAGCACAAGUACUUUUAGCUUUCAUAUGAUUUAGUAGUGUGCAAUUCUGGUUUGAUACCCAGGAAUAUGGAGCUAGUA